AUGGACCUUGCUAUUCGUGUAAAUGUACGCUAUGCCGCUCCUGUUAAUUCCCAGAUCAAGGAUGCUCUGCUGCUAUUCAAGAGCGCGCGCUGGGUCCACUCUAUCAUCCGGUGCAUUAUCCCACAACUUAAUAGCGUGUCACCUGCCGCCAUGCACCUCAUGGAGACGCUGAAGAGCCAUCCCGUCGACGUACGGGAGCAGCAAGAGGAAGAAUGCACGGUCUGCGUCGUGUGUAUGGAGGCGCUUUCGUCCCCAUGUGCCGAGCUACCCACGUGCUGCCACCAGUUCCACGAACAUUGCAUCGAGCCGUGGCUUAAAAUGCACAGCACGUGCCCGACGUGCCGACACCAGCUCCCUAUCGACACGUACACAAGCUACAGUGUCUACGCCAUCAACACCACCAUCGUGUUACAGCAGUCCCAGUCCAGUAUACCAGCUGCAGAAUUGUUGGAGCUGUCGGCUAGUAACCAGGUGAUUCGAGCCAUUGUAAACGCGCGAGUGAGGAGAAAUGCAGCCUCAACCAGAGUGGCCACAACUGGCUCCCAGUCAAAUGACGCACCGGUUUUCCAGAUGGAGCCCCCAGUCAUGAACGCGAGCGUAUUGCAUCGUGGCUCCGACGUAUCUGCAGCAUUACCGCCUUGUAUCACUGAACCCAUGGUACCAGUGAUGCAUCGGAAUGCCUCUCGGCGUCGUUCUCGAGAGCGGGAAAGUACUCAGACGAUCAACAAGCGACGACGACUGAGCGAUUCUACCGAGGACAUUUCGACGUCGUGA